CUCCAAAUAGCCCUCAACACCUCAUUUUAUUUACUGAACAUCCUUACCGUAAGUUCUCACACAGAGAUUGUUCAGUAGGGCUAUUUUGGGGAUUUGGCAAAAGAAUAACCGCUGCUUUGAACUUCUCAAACUUCUCUGAACAUUCAACGUCUAUACACUUUCUCAAUCGAAAGAAAAGAAAAGAAAAUAAAAGAGAGAGAAAGGAAAGGAAAGGAAAGAAAAUUUAGAGUUUAAAGCUCAAACUCGUCUUUGUUUUAGGGUUUCUCGGCGAGCGAUCUGAGUUGCUCUCCGUUUGGUUUCUCGGAAAAGUUUUUUCUUGUGAAUUAGGAAGUCCAAGGGACACAGAUUGCGAUGAAUUGCCAAUCUAAUGCCCGAAACCAGCGAGCCAAAGGUUUUAAGGUUAAGCAUGCUGUUCAGUUUGUGUUACUAUUGGCUUGUUGUAUCUGGUUGGCUUACCAGAUCAAGCAAUCUCAUGAUCAAAGAAGGGACAAUGGUGCCAGCAUGCAAAGCAAGCUUAGUGAAAAACAUGGAGCUAUGGCGUUGGGGCGUAAAGGGAAUGCAGGCUGGUCAAGCAGUGGAGGUGAGUCAGACUCGGAAAAUGUAGUAGACCUGGUGAAAGGUUUUGAAAAGAAAGAAGAAGGGGGUGUGGGAGACGAUGAGUUGGAUAGAAAUGUUGAAGAGAGGGCUGAAACACAUAUAGAGGAACCACAGAAUGCUGAGAAGAAUCUCAGUACUCUAAUACAAGACGAAGAUGAAGCAGUUGAGAAGAAUGAUGAGGAUAAAGGCCCUUCAAAGAUUGAAGAGAAGAAUUUAGUGCCACCGGGUGGAAGUUUUAACACCUCUUUUCCCAUUCAGCAUGAAAUCGAAGAUGACAUUCAUGGCUUUAACGAUGAGAAUGGGAUUCCACAAGAUGGUAGUGGUGUCAUAAUAGAGUCAAUUCCUACAUGGGCAACUGGUGAUCAUAAGAACAUUUUAAGCCGGCAAAUUAUCUCAAGUUCGGAUAAUCAAAGUGGAAUCAUUGAAAGCAUAACAUCUGAAAGAGAAAUAGUUGAAACUAAAGAAGGAAUCAGUUCUGCUGAUGCUGAAACUGAAAAUAGGUCCAUACUAGAAGAAUCAGAAAAUGAAGAACCCACUAAUGCUAAAAUUGAUGCGGAGACUAGUGUUGCUUCAGGCAUUGAUCAUCCUUCGGAACAGGUACAAGAAAAAAGUAUUGUUUCAGAAGAUUCACAUUCUGUUUCUUCUCAAGAAGAACUAGAGGAUGUUACUGAUAAUAGCAUGUUUCCGCAAGCUGAAUAGAAAAGCAAAAACAGAGAUUCCUUCCAAUGGAGUAUCAAAGCACAAGAAUCAGUUCUUUGUUUCCUUCUCCUAUAGAUUGUACACUCUCAUCUCAGUUAGUCAUUUCUACUUUUGGUCCACCUUAAAUUUGGAAUUUUCUUUGGUGGGAUUUUAAUGUACGGACUAUAGGUGUACAUUUUCAUACAGAAUUUCAGAUAUACAAUCUCAUACAGAAGAAUAGCAUUUUCCCCCUUUACAA